AUGUUAAAAACAAUUUGGUAUCGUUGUGCAACUGAAUAUAACGGCAAAGAAAUUGAAAAAGACGCAGAAUAUGAAAAAAAACUGGUCAACGCAUUUCCCGAAUUAUUAAUGUUCACUGAUAUAAAUAACUGCAUUGAUUACAUCAGCGAUUGUGAUGAACGAACAAUUUCUUUGAUUCUUUCAGACGUUCACGGUAUUCAAUCUUUAUCACUUAUUUAUCAACUGAGACAAUUCAUACGUAUUUAUAUUUUGGAACCGAUUUCAUCGAUGAAACAAACAUCAGAUGAUGUCAUUAUCAAAAAUUCUCCGGUUAUUUGUGGUCCAUUUAAACAAGUAAAUAAACUAAUCGCUCAGUUACAUUGCGAUGUAAUAUCACCGGAGAGAGCCACUUUUACAAAUCCUUUCGAUCUUCUUGUUGAUCAUUUACAUACAAUUGAUGAUAUUGACGAACGAGAAAAUGAACGUCUUCACUUUCAAGUCAUACUCACCGCGCUUCUACGUUCUGAUACUUCAACGGAUUUUGUUCGACAGUUGAUGAUUGAUGAAUGUCGUAAACAUUAUACAAAUAUUAACAACAUAGUUUAUCUACGAAAAAUUGAUGAGUUUGAACACAGCGAAAGUCGAUUUUCAACUUUCCAUUGGUGGUCACAAGAUUCCUUUGUCUAUCGUUUGAUUAAUGAGGCACUACGUUCUCGUCAUUGGAGUUCGAUUAUGAAGUAUCGUUAUUUUAUUGUGAAGCUAUAUAACGAGAUAAAGAAACUUCAUCAAGAACAAUUUCCAAUAGUACAUAGCGAUGAUUCGCGUAACCAACUUUUAGUGUAUCGUGGUCAAAAGUUAUUUGCACAUGAUUGGAAACUAUUGGAAAACAGUGUCGGUGGAUUAGUAUGUAUAAAUUCUUUUUUAUCAACCACCCUCUACGAAGGUAUUGCAAUGCAAUUUGCUUAUGCAUGUCGAGAAGAAAAAACUGUUGCUGUGAUUUUUCGAAUUACACUUGAUCGUCGUGUUUUAUCUUCGAUUUUUGCUGACAUCUCUGGCCAGAGCAGUAUAACAUAUGAAGCUGAAGUACUUUUAUCUCCAGGUGUUGUGUUUCGUGUUGAAAAUAUCGCGUAUGAUGAUGCGUUUGAUCGAUGGGUUGUUAAUCUGAUCGCUACUGAUCCAGAUAAAGAUUCUUUACUUUCAUUUAUGCUAUCCAAAUCGGAUAGAACAAGUCUUGGCCAAGUGCUUUAUCAAACGGGCGAAUAUGAUGCAGCACGUGACUAUUGUGAAUUGAUGCUGAGGUAUACAGGUGAGCAUCUUACUCAUUAUAGUAUUCUUGGAAAUAUUUUCAAGGAAAUAAAAGAAUAUGAUCAAGCACUUGAAAAUCAUUAUAAAGCCCUUAAAUUUGUCACAUCAAUUUAUCAAUGUUCAGUGGUUUAUUAUAAUCUUGGACUAGCAUAUUUAGGUAAAGGCGAUUAUAAUCGUGCCCUCCACUAUCACCACGAAGCAUAUGAAUUAGAAUGCGUUGAAGGUGAAACGGAGAAGUUAGCAUUAAUCUAUCAUAAUAUGGGAUUCGCUUAUAUCAAAAUUGGCGCGUUGCGUCUUGGCGUAGAUUACUUAGAAAAAGCACUAGACAUACAAAACAGCGUCUUACCCUCUAAUCACUAUCAUUUGGGUUGUACAUAUCUGAAUUUAGGUGAUUAUUAUCGUGCACAGAAUGAAAGUGGACAAGCUUUAGAAUAUUACCAACACGCUCUUGAUAUAUUUCGAUGUUCACGACAACAUGAUCAGAACGCCGUCACUCGUGCUCAUUUUCGUAUUGCUAAACUAUAUUCUGAUAUGGAUCGAUACGACAUGAUGACAAGAACGUUCGAACAACUGAUAAAAGCCUAUGGGAGAAUGGCUAACGGUUUAGCACUUGCACGUGUUUAUAUGAUGAUAAUGGAAUGUACGUUUUAUUCAGAAAGGAAUCUUAAACAAUGCGCCACAUAUGCCGAGUAUAUUCUCACAAUUCGUCGACAGCAUCUAGAUGCCGAUCAUAGAUUGAUUGGAAUCACACACUAUAUUCUGGGUUCACUUCAACUUGGAGCCCAUAUGCAAUGCUUUCCAGCACAUGACUUUGCUGCUCUAAUCAAUGGUCAAAAAAAUCUUAUGCGAGCGGCUGAAAUAUUAAAGUCAUGCCCCACUUAUUCCAUUAAAGUAAUUGAAAACCUCGCUUUCGUUUACCGCCAACUGAAACUUUAUGACAAAGCCAUCGUUUAUUUUAAGCAGUCAAUCGAGCAUACAUCAAUUGACAGUAAAUAUCUUCCACAACGCUAUAAAAACCUAGCAUCGGCUUAUGGAGAGCUACAUCAAUUUAAGACUGCCAUUCGGUAUUUAAAAGAGGCAUUGCGUCUAUAUGAUCAAUCAUCCGAAGGUAUAGCAGAUCGAGAAAUUAUCCGCUGUCAUGCUGUUCUCGGUACAUUUUACAAAUAUACUAAACGGUACAAGUUAGCACUGAAACACUUCUCUACUACUCUUUCACUAUGGCGAAUGACAGCUGGUCCCAUGGAUGCUAGUCGUUCUGUCGGUGCAGUUUAUUAUCAUACGGCUGAUAUUUAUUACAAAUUACGUUUGCCGUAUCCGUCAUGCAUUGCUCAAUACUUUUAUUUCUGGAAUCAAUAUAGAAUUGACCAGAUGAAUUCUCAGCCGGAAGCAAGAUCAUCAUUAAUGGAUUCCGACCCUGGACACAUCAAUGGCUUUUCUAUUCAAAUUCAAAUAGAUCUCGAUUGA